UUAAUCAACAAUCGAAACCCAAUCUCUGGCUUUUAAACCACAAAUAAGACGCUUCAUUAUAGAGUGCAGACCAGUCAGAAUGUAGUUAGGCCGUGGAGGCUCUGAUCGUGACCUUGAGGUGACCUGCCUGUUUGGGGUGAAAUGUCUCAGCUUCGCUAUCGUGUUUGAUAGCAGAAGAGCAGCCAGAAUUGAUCUAAAGUUGACCCCACCUUCCUACUCCCGUUCAUUCAACUACAAUAUACAUUCCACUUGAAAGGAGCAUCAUUGCGCUUAGUAGCCUAUCGGUGGCAAUGUUGUCCACAGUUUUGCAUGAACGAUGAGAACGAUUUUCUCACUAUCGUCAGUUAAAAAAAACUGAAUUUGGCGUUCUCGUGUUGCUCCAAAAAUAAAACAGCAUUGGGUUUCUCACCUGACAAAUUAUGAUGAGUCCGAUUCGCGAAAACAAAUUAACAAACUACUCAAAGCGAUUUAACAGCGAUGACGCAGCAUUAGGACAGGGACGGCGUUACAGGGGGCAAUCGCCCAGUCGGAAAUCGGCAAAACCCCGCUUAAGCCCACCCCUGCAUUUUCUUUGAUAUUCUGAAAAAUAUUUUCAGAUUUUCCAUUACCUUUGGAAAUAUGUUUCCUAACUGGAGCACUGGCAACUGGAGCCAACAAUGGGUCAAUUAGUUGAAACGAGGCUUCGCACCUGAGCUCAUCAACGAGCGGCCCAUAAAAGCCUCCCUCAGGAGCGGCUGCCUCCAAAUCCCUCAAAGCAAAUUUGAUCUGGAAGAAGAAACGAACCUGCAGGCUGCGGCAUCUUGGCGUUAUAUCCGAGCAUGGCAAAGGAGAAACCUCACGUCAACCUGGUGGUCAUCGGCCACGUGGACAGCGGCAAGUCCACCACCACGGGCCACCUCCUCUACAAGUGCGGUGGCGUGGACCAGAGAAAGCUGGAGAAGUUUGAGAAGGCCUCUGCUCAGGUGGGCAAGAGUUCGUUCAAGUUCGCGUGGGUGCUGGACAAGCUGAAAGUUGAGCGCGAGCGCGGCCUUACCAUCGAUAUCUCGCUGCUCAAAUUCAACACACGCAACUUCUGCAUGACUGUCAUUGACGCACCUGGACAUCGAGAUUUCAUUAAGAACAUGAUCACGGGAACUUCACAGGCGGACGUAGCGCUGCUGAUGGUGUCUGCCGCCAAGGGUGAGUUUGAGGCAGGCGUGUCGCGAGGCGGGCAGACCCGCGAGCAUGCCCUGCUGGCGUACACGCUGGGGGUCAAGCAGAUGAUCGUGUGCGUCAACAAGAUGGAUGCCACCGAGCCGCCCUACUGCCAGCAGCGCUUCAAGGAGGUGGCGCGGGCCGUCGGCGGCUUCCUCAAGAAGAUUGGCUACGACCUCAACACCGUGCCCGUUGUCCCCAUUUCUGGUUGGACCGGUGACAACAUGAUCAGCGUCACACACAAGAUGCCAUGGUUCCAGGGCUGGAAAGUGCGUCGCCGACAAGGCAAUGCAAGCGGCACAACUCUGCUCGAGGUGCUGGACUCGGUUCAAGUUCCUGUUCGAGCCCUUAAUAAACCUUUGCGCUUACCCCUACAAGAUGUCUACAAGAUAGGAGGCGUUGGGACGGUUCCGGUGGGCAAGAUCGAGACGGGCGUUCUGAAGCCUGGCAUGACGCUGACCUUCUCGCCUGCCAAGGUGACGGCAGAAGUAAAGUCUAUCGAGAUGCAUCACCAAGGUUUGGAUGCUGCGCUGCCAGGCCACAAUGUGGGCUUCAACAUCAAGAAUGUGUCGGUCAAGAACCUGCGGCGCGGCGACGUCGCCGGCGACGCCCAGCACGAUCCGCCCUCUGACGUCAGCAGCUUCGACGCGCAGGUGAUCAUCCUGAACCACCCGGGUCGGAUCAAAGCGGGCUAUUCCCCGGUGCUGGACUGCCACACGGCGCACGUGACAUGCCGCUUCGCAGAGCUCAAGGAGAAGCUGGACCGCCGAACGGGCGCCAAAGUGGAGGACCGGCCCCAGCUGCUGAUCUCGGGUGACGCGGCCAAUGUCAAACUGGUGCCCCUCAAGCCCAUGUGCGUGGAGAGCUUCUUCACAUACCCGCCACUCGGUCGCUUUGCCGCCCGAGACUUGAAGCAAACGGUGGCAGUCGGAGUGAUCAAGUCGGUGGAGAAGGAGAGGGGUUCCAAAGCGGCCAAAUAAGUUGGCGCUUGUAUUCUGAUUUGUCGAAACGUGACGAGACUUUCGGUUGAGUUUGAAAAUAUAAUUUGAGAUCCUUGACUCCUGUGUUGUUGCAGAAUUUUUUUGGUUCAGCGUUUGGAAAUAAAUUUUGAUUUAUUGACCAAAAA